AUGAAAAAGGAAUUGAAAGGAAAAAAACCAAAGGGCAAUGUUAACAGUAGUGCUGCAAGUAACAAUUUUAAAGAGGAAAAGAGAAAAAUUAAAAAAAAAAUUUACUUCAACAGCGGAAAGGGUGUGUUUCCAAGUCAGGCCUACGAGGGUACCGUAAACACAGGUGCAAAUAUAAAUGCGAAUAUAAAUAUAAACAGCCUACAUUUCGGCCCCGUCCAAGGAGACGAAAGAGAGGCGCUUCAACAGAACCUAAGAGUUGACCCCAGAGCGAUAGGGGGAGACGGACCCGUACACAGAUUUGACCAAGGAGGGGUAAUAAACAACGGUGCAAAUAAAACUAGAAAAGGCAUUUUACAAAAUGUGAAUAUUUCACCAAGGGGGAAGGACAAAGAUGGGAACUAUUUCACUACAAAUGUGGACGGAGGGACGAACUCCUUCGAUGUGAAAAAUAAAAAAUUAAACAAGAAUGGAAGUAGCGGCCUGGGGACUGAUAGGAAGCUUUACAGAGGUGUGGGAAAUCUCAAUGAAGUAAACACUGGAAGGGUGGAUAAUCAGUCCGCCUUUAAGGGGGGGGACGUCGUUUCGCUGGAUGGAGCGGCGGGAGGAGCAGUGGGAGGGGCAGCUGGAGCACCAUCAGGUGACAGCUUUAUCACAAGUGGAAGCACUUUCGAAGGUGCAGGCGGAACGGACAACAGAAAGGCAAACCAUGUUAGAGGAAACAUCAGAGGUGGAAGUAAUCCCGCCCAAAGAAAUUGCUACCGAUUCAAUAGCGGUCACUACUUUGCGAACUCACCCAGCAAGCUGAACUUGGCAUAUACACAUAAGAUUUACAAAAAUAGAACCAUUUUUUAUAGCAAAAAAUAUUUUAAAAGUAACAAAAUUGUCAAUAAUAGUAUGACUGGUCAGGUAAAGAAAAACGAGUUUAAUCCUGUCGAUAAUUACAACAUGAGUUUUGUUAACAAUAUGGGAAAUAAAUCCUUGUUAGAUAUGAAUGACCCUGGGAAGGGAGAGCAUUCGGAGGAUACCUAUUUUGAGUUUUCAGCAAAUGGGAUGAAUGGAGUUGAGGGGGGUAGGGAUGAUUUGGGCGCCUUCUUCGAUGUGGGUACCAGUACGCGCAGUUGCGUUUUGGACACAGCCAGCUGUAGGGGUCAGCAGGGUGGUUACUCUCUGUACGGGGCUGCGGCGAAGAGUACCGGCCAGGAAGUCAGCGAGUGCGGCAAUUGCGGUAGGUGCGAAAGUUGCAACAGUCGAAGCAGUUGUAGCGGUUUUAAUCUGUAUAGCAGUGCGACGAUGAACGGCAUUUCAGGCAGGGAGAAACGCGAAAUGGGGGAACCUAACUUCUCCGGUUCAAAUGUAGAACCGGUAGAUACAGAGCAAGUAGAGGAAAUGGACCAGCAGAUGCUCAGCGAGAAAAAGAAAAAAGAGAAAGAAGAAUUUGCGCAAAGUUAUUUAGAGAAAAUAGUAAAACUUCUGUCAGACAAAGUAAAACGUAUGCUAACUGUGACAGAUAAGGAAUGCAUUCAUUUGGUGAAAUCCAUUAUACAGCUUCUACAGUGUGUAAAGAAAAUCAUAAAUUUCUCAAACCAAUGCCACUUCCACUACAGUAUAUUCGGAAUCGUAUUAAAUAUCUAUGCCCAUGUAUGUGUGAAGAUUUUUGCACAAAAUGAUAUUUUAAAAGUAGCCAAUUUGAAGUGCCUGGUGUGUAUGUUUGAAAUUCUGAUUAUGCUUAGAAGAGAUUCUUUCAACCUUUCGUACGCUUUUUUUUUAUUUGUAAAUUGUUUGAAGAACAACAUCGAUGGGAUUGACAUCCUGACGAAGAAAAAUUUAAAAUACAACACCAAGGUUUUGAAUAAUGACGAGAAAAUAUUUUUAAAAAUGUUAAAUUCUUUUGUAACUCUGUUCUCGUUUUGUGCUGAAAGCCAGAGUAGCAUGGUCCGGGUGGAGUCUCUCAAAUCAUUUUGCUGCGUGUUGGGCAUGUUGAAGAGGAAGCGCUGGGAGGAAGGGACUGCUCAGGGGGGAUGGGAGGCGCGGAAGAAGGCAGAAACGGGGGUAGAAAAGGGGGUAGGAAGUGACAUGGGCAACCAGGUGGGGAACCAUCUAGGCAACACCGUUAUCGACAAGGCAAAGGAGAACCCUCUCGGCCAAAGCGAACCGAGUGAUGAGCACCCCUCUGCGGUGUUUUCCCCGUUCAGCAAACCCCUAAUUUUGGGAAGCCUGUUGGGCAAAAAGGGGACCAUGUUCAGGGGACACACCACGGGAAAAAUGAUAAACCUGCAGAAGUAUUACUUGAGUUUUUUUAAAAGUAGCUACAUGUGCUCAGAGGUGUACACGCGGGAUGGUGGCGAAGUAGGGAGGAGAGACCCCCCCAAUAAGGAAAGUGAUCAACAGAGGGGUGGCUCACAACAAGGGGGUGCUUCCCAACAGGGGGGUGUCUCCCAACCCAGUUAUGUUAAAAAAAAUAUGGGAUCGAAAAAAGAAAACGCCAAUUUGUAUAAAGCCAAUGUGAGCAGCAUACCAAAUCAGCAGUGGCCAAAAAAUAAUUGGAACGAAAAUGCAAAGGAUGGAAAUCCAAACUUCACAAAUGACCAAGUUGGAAGCUACAGAAAUGUAGAGGAAAGGGAGUACAAAACAAAAAACUCUAUUUUGUUAACAAACUUUGAAACAAUUUUUAAUAGCGAUCCAAGAUAUUCGAUUUAUUCGUUGACAUGUAUCAAGAUAAAGAGAUCAGUGAAAAUACAAAAAAACAUCGUGUUCUUUUUAAACCACAUAGAUGUGCACAUAUUUAGUUACGUGACUUAUUUGGUUAGCAAAAUUUCGCACAUCAUUCCGAUAAAUAAAAGUUUUUUUAAUAAAUAUAUAUCUGUCCUUUUGAAGAAUCUGAACAAGGAAAGACGCAAAUUCAUAUUCCUCAUGUUAUCCUACAGUGAAUACGAAAAGAGUGGUUUGUACGUUGUGUUGAACUUGCUGAGCAAUUUGUGCAUUUAUAACUUCCAUUAUAAGACGAACAUCCACUUCAUGGACUUUGAAAGUAUUUCUGAUGAUUCUUUGAGAAGGAAUUUGGGGGAGGAAAACGACUGCGGGGGUGGGACAGGUGAUGGGGUGACUGGUAGGGGAAGUGGCAUCCGGGGAGGUACAGGUAGUAGCAUCACAGAUGAGUACAACACGCAUCCGUCGCUUAACCCAACGAACGAGGACUCCUUUGGCGAGGCGAAAGACUACACUAAUGUUAAUGAGCAUGAGGUGUACCUUGUGGACCAUAUGAUACACAACAAUGAAGAAUGGUGUUCUGUUUACGCCGUUUUGAUUGUGCUGUCAUUUAAGUACCCUAGUUUGAUUUUUUCUUUCUUUUUUAACAAAUUUGGAAAGGGUUUUGUACAGAACUGUGACAAUUGUUUACCUCAUUUUAAUUUGUUCGAUUGGUCUCACAGAUUUGGGUACUACAUAUCGAGUGGUGUUUUGAAUGCCGCUUUGAAUGGCGCUUUGAAUGGCGCUUUGAAUGACGCUUUAGAGGGAGAGACCCAAGUUAAUGCCCACAUGUUGAAUGUGAUAAGAAGUGGUGGUGAUGAGCAGGAGGAGAAGGAGAAGGAGGAGGACCAUGGGGGAAGUCCCAUGAGCGAGUGUUCGGGCACCAACGAGGGGGGCGGGAAGGAUGGGGUUGUCCUCACAGAUAACAGGAGGGGUGAAGCGAAUGAAACGACAAAAAUUAGCAGUACCACCAGUCAGGUAAACCUGUUGGAUACCCAUUUCAGAGCGGGUAGGAAGCAGAGCCUUCCGUGCAAGGAAGAGGUAGCACUGGAAUUGCUAACCCAUCAGAUGUACGCCUUUUUAGAGUACCCGCACUGUGUGCAACCAAGCAUAUGCGAUCGUGAAUGGAGUUUCUGUUAUGUGUACAUAUCUAGUAUCCUUAACCUUUUUUUUAACAAGAAUGCUUCCUUUUUUGGAGAAAAUUGUUUUUUUUUUAAAAAAAAUAUAUGGCACUUAUUGCACGACCGAUCGAAUUUAAAGACGCACCAUUUUUUGGAAUAUUUAGAAAUGUUUAAGGAUUCAAAUUUUAACUACGUCAGUGAGAGUAGCGAAUUGAUGGGAAUGCUGAACUGUGUGAUUAACCCCUUGGAGGAGGGAACCAAACUUGGGGAGAAACGCGAGGAGGUGAGUGAAAGGCUAGAAGAUGGGGUCUCUAUAGGAAGAGAUUUAAUGGCCAAAUGGAGACAAAUGAACAGCAAUAAGGACGUCGUUUCGUGUGGAGAUAACACAAAGGAUGACCCUGACGGAGACUUAAUACAUUUUAAACAACCCUACAUGAAAUACUCCCGCCAUAUAUCCAACAUGAUAGAGGAUCACAUGGCUAGUAAUCUUUUUUUUCAAAUUAUGGUAAGGGAUUCUUACGCGCCGAAUGAUCCGCCCUUUGCACACUAUGAGGAGUAUUUGCGACAAAUUAGCGUCGAAUUGAUUGCGGCUCGGCUGAUACACCAGGAGAAGACGGGGUUCACCCAUUUGUGCUGCUUCCACAGGGGGGACACUUUAUUGAGUGAUCUCUUUUUGGGUGACGAUCCGUUUGUAGAAACGGUGACCACCUGUUUGGAAGUGCCAUCUUCUCGUCAGAGUGUAGCGAACCAGGGGGAGCUCUCGAACAGCAGCGUAGGGAAGGAAAGACUAAGCAGUUUGGCGCAACACCCUGCAGAUGGUAGCCCCGUUGGAAAGGACACAACUAUUGAUUUGUCCAACACGAUUGAGGAAGAACGUAAGGUUCUCGAUGCGAUUAUUAAGAAGAAUGUAAAAAUGGAGGAGCAGCAUAGGAAAGACUUUGUCGAUUUGAAGAGCACACUGCAUUGGUCCAUUGAAGAAGGGGAUGACCAGGGUAUUAAACAGGCUAACAAUUUUAGAGCGUCUGAAAAUAAUUGCGGUGAAGAUAAAAGGGAAAAUAAAAUUCGGCCAUAUAGUGUGAGUAGCUACGUUGAAAAAUUGUGUGGAAGCGGUACCGAAGGAGGUAAAGGAAUGGAGAGAAGGGUAGCCGAGGGAAGGCAGAUCUUACAAAGGCGAAAUUUUUCAGAGUUUAAAUUUUUGAAAGCGAAAAUAAAAAUUUUGCAUGAAGGGAAGAAGAAUGGAAUUCCAAGGCGGGAAAAAAUUAUAAAUUUUGAGAAGAAAUUUCCGGAGUAUUUUUACCAUAAAAAGGUUAUCAAUAUAAAUCAUAAAAUAAACAAAAAUUUUAUUAAAAUUUAUUACCUGUUCAGUGCAAAUUAUUUUUACACAACAAAUAUAUCGCAGAUAAUUCACACCAUCAUAAGUAAAAUCUACGAGGAGAAUAUUUUUCUGUUUAAAGCGUUGAAAGAUUGCUUUUGCAGUUUUCCUGAAAGUGGUAAAAAUGUAUGGAACAAUUUUGAGGUUAAGGAAAAGAAUUUUUUUGACAAUUUUGUGUGCAAGGCGAAGAAAGGGAGGCACGUCAAAGCUGUCGAUUCGAUGGAACAAUUUAAUCAUGUGUUGGUUGGGGUGGAUCAAUUGCUAAACGGAGAGGACAACAAAAAUGCGAGUAACACAUAUUCAGUAAAUGUUUUAAUAAACAAGAUAUUAAAAAUUAUUUUAAAACAUUUGAAGAAUACAAAUUUUAUAAAUUAUAACAAGUGUUUGAAUUUUCCUUUUCUCUUUUUGUCCUUUUUUGACAUAAAAAUUAAGCUAUCCUUCGAAAUGGAAUCUUUUGCAUUUUUGGAAGAGCUCGAUCAAGGAAAUUUUAAAAAUGUCCUCUUAAAUUUGCCUUACCAUGUUAGGUACUUUUUUGGCAGCUUAUUUUUAUAUAUAGAGUAUGAGGAUAUUUUCCUUGUGAACACGGAGAAGUGCCAAGUGAGGGAGACUACUCGUCCGCCCAGCACUAGUCAAUACCGAAGAAGGCGGCACAGCAAUAACUUAACAACAUACAAUUUUAUCGUCGAAAGUAUCCUUGCGGAAGAUUAUUCUCUGAAGAAUUUAAAAAAUAUGAACAAGACAAACAAGAAAGACACAAAGAAUUCUCUAUUCGCAAAGAGAAAAAAAGCAAAGGUGGAAAUCCCAAAUGUGAAGAAUACCUCCGAUUUUGAACUGGAGGACAAAUAUUUGAAAGUGCAAAAUGAUAACGUAGGGAAAGAAAAAAAGGAAAAGAUAAAAAGGCGAAGUGGUCCAUUCAAAAAAAUAAACAAAUUGAAUUGUCACAAAAUAGACGUUAGCGAAUGGAACGUAAAAAGUUUCCGAUGUGCAGGUGACAGUCCGCGCGGUUAUGCAACACCAUUUAGAAGUACCAUAAUUGUUGAAUUUAAAAAAACUGUUCAAAUUAAUUUUGAUUGCUCUUCCACUUUGCCCGUUAAGUGCAAAAUAAAUUUUUGCUAUUACCACUUCGAGGACGACGCGUUUUGUUUUUUCCCUCUAGCUAGGACGAAGCAUAUUUACGUGCAUCCGUCGCAGUGA